AUGUUCAACUUGAAAUCGCUCAAGAAGAAUUGGGAGGAUUUUUUUCCUUUUGAGCUGCUGUGCUCCUCGAGCAGGUUCAACGAGAAAGCUGCACAGUGCAGCCGCUUUCUGCUUUGCUACAGUGUCUCUGUCCCGCUCAUCAACCACAACGACAACGACGAACACCUUCAUCACCCUUCUCCUUUGUCACCUGAACGUAUCCGAUCGUAUUGGCUCUCGAUACUCAUCAUCAUCGUCUGGCAUUCUCGAACCAAAUCGAAUCGAUCUUUGGACGGCUUCAGCUACUUCUUGACACAGUCGCACACACAUCUUUUUAUUCAACCCAUCAUCGGCACGACUGACUGCGCUCCAUUGCAUCAACGUUGA